GGAGGAGGAGGAGGAGGAGGAGGAGGAGGAGGAGGCACCAACGAUGGAGGACGAGGAGGAGAAGGAGAAGGAGGAGGAGGAGGAGGCAGAGGAGGAGGAAGAAGAGGUGGAGGAGGAGGAGGCCACGGAGAUGGAGGAGGAGGAGGGAGAGAACUUAGAGGAGGAAGAAGAAGCGGAGGAGGAGGAGGACGACGACGAGCAGGACGACGAGUGGGAAGAGGAUGAGGAAGAAGAGGAGGAGAAGGAGGAAGAAGAGGAGAAGGAAGAAGAGGAGGAGGGCCCGACGAUGGAGGAGGAGGAGGUGGAGGAGGAGGAGGUCACGGCGGCGGAGGAGGACGAAGAAGAAGAAGAGGCGGAGGAGGAGGAAGGAGAAGAAGAAGAGGAGGACGAGGAGUAGGAGGCGGCCCAGCCGGGGGUGAAGUACAAAGAGGCGGCGGCGGCAGCGGUGACAGCGAGGGGGGGAGGUGGAGGAGUGAGAGAUGACGAGGAUGGGAAGGAGAAUGAGUAGGAGGAGGCCCCUGCGAUGUUGGAGGACGAGGAAGAGUGGGAGGGGGCCGAAGUGGUUGGUCACCCGAUCACUCCGCCGGCCCUCCCCACUCUUUUUUCAAUCAAUCAAUCAAUCGAUCAAAG